AUGAUCCCUCCAAAAUUUAGUGACUUAGGAAAAAGUAUAAGGGAUUUAUUAAAAAAGGAUUACCACCAUCCUCUCCAGAAAGUGGAAGUAUCGACCCUGACUAAGGAAGGGAUUCUUUUUAAGGCCAAUAUUUUCAACGGAACCCAGGCAGAUUUGGAAGCCACCUUUCCUUAUAGACCCUUAAAUGCAAUAAUAACUGAAAAUUGGAGCACUAAGAAUAUACUUACGCAGACCAUAAGCCUUGUGGAUCCCUUGUUUCAGGGCGUUAAGAUAGACAUAGACUCCACCUAUGCACCUAAUACGGGGUUGCUUUUCAUAUAUUAUAUUAGGUAUCAGCCACUUAUUUAUACUUUACCCAGCGCUUUGGCAGCUAUACUUUCAACAAGCUUUGCACGUCAGAAUUAUAACUGUAACGCUAUAACGGACUUUGCGCGUUCUACAAUUACUACCUCUGCUGUUCUAAACUUCGAGGUGUGUUGUAUAAAUAAGCAUUUGUGUAAUAUUGCCAUCUUUUUAAUGGCAUUAAGUUUCUUCCUCUAUAAUAGAGGAUCCUACUUGGGGGCCAGUCCAUAUUCAAUUAUGGGAAGGGUAAAGUUGAUGGAUAUUCGGUCGCUUUGGGGUACAUAG